AUGGAGAAAAUUGACGUGCAUCAUCACAUGCUCCCUGCUGAAUACGUGAAGAAAUGGAAUGAAUCGGGCGCCGUCCCCAAGGGCUUGACAGUUCCGUCAUGGAGUAUUGAGAUGGAUCUGGAGUUCAUGGACCGCAAUGGAAUUCGCGCCUCCAUCCUGUCUCUCAGCGCGCCCGGCUUAGCGUUUGUUGGAUCCCUCGAUGAAUCCUUGAAGCUCUGCCGAUGGGUCAACGAAUACGCGGCUGAGAUCAAGACCGCAAAUCCUACUCGCUUCGGGUUUUUCGCUACUUUGCCACCGCUUGACCAGCUCGGGGCUUGCAUUGAGGAAGUGCGCUAUGCCUUUGACGUUCUCAAAGCCGACGGAGUCACGCUCCUUACCAGCUACAACGACAAGUACUUGGGCCAUCCGGACUUCCGGCCUCUCUGGGAGGAGCUGGAGCGCCGCCACGCCGUAGUAUUUGUGCACCCAACCAACGCCAAAACUUGGGGCGCAUCAUCCAGUACCGCGGUCCCCCGUCCGAUUUUGGACUUUCCACACGAGACGACGCGAACGGCAGUCAGCCUCAUCACGUCCAACACGGUCCGCGACUUUCCGAACUGCAAGAUCAUCCUCUCGCACGGCGGCGGCACGCUCCCGUACAUGGCCACGAGGGUCGCAAACCAGACUGCCGAUGUGGGCUUGAUUGAGAAAUCAGCCGACCAGUUCCUUCAGGAUGCCAAAUGCUUCUACUACGACCUGGCCUUGACCGCCUACGAUGGUCCCAUCAGCCUCCUGAGGGAAUUUGCUGAGAAGGAUCAUAUCCUAUACGGGAGCGACUUUCCUUUUGCUCGAGAGAAGACCAUUGCACCCCAGAUUGCAAACAUUCAAUCUGCUCCAAUUGACGAUGAAACACGCCUGUCGAUCAACUCUGGCGCGGCUGGAAAGCUGUUCCCUCGUUUCUGCAUGUAG